GAAGUUGUGUCAUUACGCACACGGAGAUCACCCAGCGCGCGACGCAACUGGACUUUUGUUUUAAGACAAUUUCUUUUACAACGAAGUUUACUGAGAUAAAUGUUGCUGCUGUCUCUGUGAAGGAACAGCCGACUGUCCCUUCUUCAGGUUUUAGGAUUACUCGUCUGUGGAGUUGUUGGACUCUCGUUGAAUAGAAACUUUGAUGAUUCGUCAGAGCGAGAACGCCGGCCCCUCCAUGCGAUGUCCCGAUGACGUCUGAGCCUCGCACCAUGAGCGCCCGUCUGCAGGCCCAACCUCAGCCUCACUACGGGGUCAACGGGGGUGCAGCCAGAAGCUCCAGGCCAUCGUGUCCCACUGUCCAUUGGUCCCGACAGAGAGACGAUGCCCUGCAGUUCCUGACGAAGGAGGAGAAGGAGUGCAUCCAGUUCUUCGAGAAAACCAUCGACUCGUUGGAGGACGGUCUAGACGAAACCGACCGGAGACCCGGGCAAGGGAAGACCCCGGCAAGCAGCGGCCCUGUUGGGUCUUCCCUCUUGGCCAGACCUCCCAGUCCCAAAGACCAGGAUAUUAUCUACCUGGUACGCCCAGAACCCGACCUGGGUCAAAACAAAGAGCCGGUCUUCAAUCCCACCAACCCAGAUUUUCGGAGUAUGAUGCAGAACCCUGAAAGCCACUUCGAGACAAGGCCAAGGCGGGAUCAGGUGGACAGCUUUCCUUCAGAGUACAACCCUCCCCUGCCAAGCGGCAGCUACGGGUCGACAGACAGCCACCACUACCACCCCCCGGGCUGUAUCCCCACCCCGGUUCUGAUUGCCCAGCAGAUAGCGGAGAACCAGGCAGGUGGAACCUCCAACUUCCAAUCCUCCAAAUUACUCCGCCGUAGCAGCCAGGAGUCCGACAAGCCACUUAGCUAUAGUGGUGAUUUUAAACAUGGUCCUGCGACCUCUGUUAAGCCAACCCACUUUCCUGCUAACAUCAACGUGAUCCAUGGCAACAAGGAGCACCAGAACCAGCCGCUGGCUAAUAUGAAACUCAACGACAGACGGGCGCAGAUGCUGGCAAACCUAACAGGAACGCCAAACCCUCUGCAGCAGGAGGACCCUCAGCCGGCCGUGGAACAGGAGCCUCGAAAUGCUCCCGCUCGCAAAAUUUCCUUCAAGGACCCCGCACCGGAUAAAUCCAGGAUGGAGGCCCUGUCUAAGCUAGGCUUGACCAGGAACCCAUCCAUGUCUGGGGGUACGUCGCACCUCGCCGUCCCUAACAGCACCUCCCUGGAUCCUCCUGCAGGUGCAGAAACCAGUGUCAAACCUUUGGAGGCCAGUGCUCCUCCAACAACAGAAACCAACAGCAAAUUGCCAAAAGCCAAUGUUACGACACCAACUCAGAGCCAGAUCCAUGUCACCAGAAGAGAGACACAAGAGAUUUUGCGGACAGAGUCCCUCAAGAGGUAUGAAGAUAGAAACCACCAACUGAGCACCUCACCUCCAUCAGUCCCACAGAACAUCUACCAUCCACCUCCUUUGAACAGAAAGGCCUCCUUGCCGCCUUCGGCUGAUGUCACCUCGCUGGAGUCAAACAGCUACGGAGGGAAAUCCAUCACGGUCAACCCUUCUGUUUCUCACAGAAACGAACCUGAAACUUUGUCAACUAACCAGGAACCAAAGGUCCCCCCACCUGCUAUGGCUAAACCCAGCGAGUUCAACCACUACGGAGGAAAGACCAAAGUCAUGACCCCUGCUCAGGUAGCCGUGACCCGGAGCGACCUUCCCGACAUCCUCAGCUCCCAUAUCAACAAGAAUCAACCGUUGCCCGCCAAAUCGGAGCCACUCCCCACUGAGCUCAACAGUUAUGGAGGAAAGAGCCGAACCUUCAACCCAAUCACCGGGUUAAAUCGCACUUCAGACAACCCGGGAAGAAGUUUUAAAGCUCCAGCUCCAGCCCCGGCCCCAAAACCUUCUCGGCAGUCAUACCACGGCGCUGGUACUACCCAGAAACCAGCACUGCGAGUCCAGUCCCCUGAACAGAGGCCAAGAUCCGGCUCCAUGUUUCGUCCCCAAGGCAUCACGGUGCAGUUUUCCGGACGGGGGGCGACGGACGAAUCGCGCAGGGAUGCGCUGAGGAAACUGGGGCUGCUGAAAGACUCUUGAUGAACUCUGGAAAACAGAAUUCUUCAGUCUUCACCUGUCGAGCCAGAAACUCUGGCGUGUACCUGCGGGUGGAGGUGAAAUGCUAGAAGUUUCCCCGUGUGUGUCAGAGUGCGAGGUGUGGUUGGAGAGAGAGCUAUUUUUUACAGAGGAAUGGAGCCAGGUCCUUUAAAAGACCUGCACAGCCAGUUCUCACAUCCUGGCCAUAAAA